AUGGGACUCCGAGCAGCUAUAGAACGCAAAAUCAAGUCUUUGGAAGUAUAUGGAGACUCUGCACUGGUGAUUUACCAACUUCGAGGUGAAUGUGAGACAAGAGAUUCCAAAUUAAUCAAUUAUAAAAAGUUGGUGUUGGGGUUGGUUGAAGAGUUUGAUGAUAUUACUUUCAAUUAUCUCCCGUGUGAUGAAAACCAAAUAGUAGAUGCUUUAGCUUCCAUGAUCCAAGUGAGCAGACAAGAAAAUGUGAAACCCAUUCAGAUGAGUAUUUGUGAGGCCCCUUCUUAUUGUUAUAAUAUAGAGGAAAAAGAGAAAGAUGAUCACCCUUGGUAUUAG